GGUUAUAGAUUUGUAACCUAGUUAGUGGUUAGAUAUUAAAUGUUUGAAUUAUGGUCUAAACAUUGUCUAAUCGGCGGUUUCUUUUAGAUAUUAUCAACAUCGUUGAUGUUAAUUAAGAGUAUAAAAAAGUAUUUUAUUUAUGUUUUUAUAAUAUUUAAAUCUAGGUUUGUUCAAUAGAAUUAGAAGAGUUUAAUUAAUACUAUUUUAGAAUCGAAAUGUUUUAUCAAAUCUUCAUGUAAAUGGAGGUUAGUAAAGUGACAAGUAAAACAAGCAGCUUAAAAUCUUUAGUCUUAAAGGCAUGGGGAGAACGUUGGACAGAAAUUCAGUGGGGUAUAUCUAUUAAAUCUGUGCUACCUAGAGGUGUCAGUGGUGAUGUUUAUAAUUUAGCUGACAUCAUAUUAUCACAGGCCUUAGUAGGUUCUUAUCCCAAUGAACUUGUUCUUUCUUAUUUAAGACAUUCCUUAAACUGCCAACUGGUAUCAUAUGCAGCAAUUCUUCAACGUAUCAGCAAAUAUGAUAAAUUUUAUAAAAGAUCAUGUGUUAUUGUGUUAUUGGAUUUCCUUAAAACAACCCUAAAUGGAAUAACGUGUAGAGGUAAACCUGAAGAAAGUGUUCUACCUGGAGCAUUACUUUCUUUAGCUGAUUGGUUACUAUCAUGCAUUCGUUGUGGACAUUCAUCAAAAAAUGAAGUAAAAGAUCCUCUUGAAAAGCGCAUUAUUAUUAUUGCAGUUGAUAUAUUAGAAUCCUUAUUAAAAAAUGAUUUUAUUCUUGCAUUACUUUAUUUAGCAAAACAUGAAGAUCCAGAUCUAUACCUUGUUAUUGUGAAGAAAUGUCAAGAUAUUAGUCAAGACACCCAAAAUUCAGUUGUUUCAAGUGCACCGUAUAUAAAUAAUAUUCUAAUAAGUCUAUGUAAUAUUGACUAUAAGAGUUCAACUAAUCUUACUUCCAUGGAAUCUGUAACAACUUUAAAUGAACCUAUUACAUAUGUGUUACAACCAUUAUUAGCAAUACGGGUUAUGUUAAAUCCUACAGCAGAAACUCAAGUAUUAGUAGAUAAGCUAAAAAUGAUUCGUCAAAUAAAAAGUUACAGUAAUUCACGACUAUACUGUGAAUUGAUUCGUGCAUGUCUAAUGUGUUUACGAGAUUCUUUAAGUAACGAAGAUCAUGGCCCACAAUGGGGGGCAUUUACAUUUAUAAAGUUACCACAUAUCAUAAAACAACUUUGCAAAGAUUCUGCAAGUUUUAAAGCUUCUGAGGAAGUUAUUCAAGGUUUUGAAAUGUUGCUGGACAUGUUUCCAUUGCUAGACUUCAUUGAUUCUCAUACAGCAUGCAGUUCUAUAGAACUACUUCUUAGAGAACUUAUAAAACAAGACUUUGUUACAGAAAGUCAAUGCAGCUCCAUAAUAUCCCAAAGAGCUAGUGUGGUUUCAACUCUCAGUAGUCCAGAUCCUCCAUCAAAUGUGUUAACAAUCAUCAUGCGUACUGAGCCAACAUUACAGCGAAUGCUAAGAACUUUAGAUUCUGAUUUUUCAAAAAUUCAAGAAGCAUUAGUUGGUGUACUAAGUCAAGCAUUAACAGGAACAAGUUUAGAAUUAAUAUUGGCUGCAGCUGCUGUUGAAGGCAAAUUACGAAUGUUUGUUGCAAAACUGAUUAAAUUUAAUGAGUUUAGUAAGCAUAUUAACUUACAAGAUAGCCCUAAAUUAGUACGCACUAAUGCUGUACUAUUUGAUAUGACAUUUUUGAUGUUAUGUUUCAUUACCCAAAAAUAUGGAUAUCAAGCUAUUUUUCCUGAUGGAGGAAAUGAUACAUUUUUUGAAAAAUGGUACAAACAAUGCAUGGUUGAACAUGGCAAUCCAAAAUCUCAUGAAAAUGUAAUGGGAGAGUGUGAUCCUGGUAAAGUAGAAGCCUUACUAACUGCAAUUGAUAAAGGAGAAGAUAUUAUAAAUUGUGAUUCAAGUUGGGAUAAAAUUUGUCUUACUAUAAUUGGGGUUACUCAUGAUGUUGUAGUUGCUUGGGAAAAUUCAACUCUAAGUAGUAAUGACGUUAAACGUAUAUUAGAUUCAUUGCGUACCUCCAUGCUUUGUUUACCAAUCUGUGCUGCUGCUUGGUUGUGUUCUUACAUGCAGGUUCUACACCAAGAUGCAUCACUGAAACCAAUGAAUAUGGUUCAACAAUUACUUAAUGUUGUGCCUGAAACUAAUGAAAGUCAAGAUAAUUAUUCUGAAUGUCGUCAAGUAUUAAUGUGUGAAAUAAUAAGAAAAAUGCAACAAGAUUUACAUCCUCCAACAAUGCCUGCUAAACCUUCUCAUAAUAUUGUAUCAAAAGACUCAAUUCUUGAACAAUUAAUACCUGUCUGGGAAGACAUUCUUGAAGAAGGUUGGUUAAAUGUAAAAGCUGCCCAAAAACUUAGAACUACAUUGUUCACUGCGGGGGCUGAUUGGUUUGUCAAUAAUUUAAUUAAGGAAAUGAUGAAACUGCAAUACCGUGAUGAAUUAGAAAAGGCUGUUGAUUUAUUAUUUGCUAUAUUUCAUUUUGAUGUAGAAUGUUGUACUCUAGCAUUGUUGGAACUUAUGCCUCAAUAUUUAUUUAAUCCUGCUAUUAAUGUUGAACUAAUUGAACCUCAGCAAACAGCAUUAGCAAAAUUAUGUUCUUAUUGCAUAUAUGCAUCUGUAGAAUUGCAACAAAACAGCAUUAUAAAGAAUGAUGUUCACAAGAGUACAAAUAGCAUGGAUAUAAUAGAUAUAGAUAAUAUGUGGCCACCCAAAAAAAUUAUGCGAAUGAAUGGCGGAGAUAGUGAUAUUAAUAGUUCAGUUAUUGAUGGAUCUUUACAAAGAGCACUGAUUGCAUUAUUUAGACGCAUUGCUGUUGUUGCUUCUAGACAUGAGCAACUUUGCCAAGAAACUCAUUUUGUCUUAAGAUUACUUGAACAAUUAGUCUUGUCUGGUCGAGGCUCUUCACAAAUUAUUCUUAAACACCUUCCACCUACUGUGCUUCCAAAUUUGAUUCGUUGUGUCCCAGACUUAUUUACUGUGGAUUUAAUAUUGAACAUAUAUGAUUUGAAUUUGUCAUCUGGUCGUAAUGCAGCAACUAGUGAUUUAUGUUUGUUACAAAAGACGCGCUGCUCAAAAAAUACUGAAUAGUUUAAUUAUCAGGCACAUUGAGAUACCUUUUUAAAGUUAAAAUAAUUUUAUACAUUUUUUGAUAAACAAAUAAAUUAAGUUACAAUAAAAAUCAAUGUAAAUUA